CUUGUUAAAAGACAAUAAACUGUUCCAUGCAAUUCUAACAAGAGGUACCUUUGUUCCACGCGGGGGCUGUUAAUCUGACAUCCUGGACUUCUAGUUUUGGAAACAUUUACAGAUAUGUUUUCUCUUCUAAGAGACUGCCAAACUCACUCUAUCUGGAGGCUGAAGUUUGGCUGCAGCUGUAAGUAUUUGGGAGUAUUAAAAGCUUUCAAAUAUACAGCAGCGACUGCCAGCAAGAUUGCAACCAGGCUCAGGCUAAACGCUGCUACAGCUAGUUUCUGAUUUGAGACACCCAGAUGAGCAGGUCAGAGGAAUGUCUUGUAAAAUCGACUGUAUGCUGUAUGUGGAUGUUAUGGAUCUGAAUUGAGAUACACAGGUUUGCAGAAAGAAACCUGGUAAUGGAUUUACCAUAGUUUACCAUGUUAUCUAAUAAGCUUCAGCAUGUUUGCCCAUGCUUUGCCAUGCUUCUUUUUCACUAUGCUUUUACUAUAGGACACUUUUAUUAGGGCAUGCUUACCAUUUGCAUAUUAUUACUAUUUCAAGAAAAUCGUCAAUUUGCAAAGAAUCAAAAAGAAUCGUGUUCAGCUGCUAACACUGAAUUGUGUCUCCUCUGUAUCACACCCCUCUCCAGUUCAGGAGCUGGUCACAAUGCAAACCUUGCAGCAUGCUCCUCUGAGGCCUGUCCGCAGGGUGGAUCAGUGAGAGACAGUGUGACCCUCCCACUGCCUCUCAGGGUGUCCGCGUUGCACUGUGACCCCACCAGGAAAAUCAAAAUAUCUCUCGGAAAGGGGAGCUCCAGUGCUUGUGCAGCUGUUGAGGGUAAAACUAGACCCUACUGUAAAAAGACCAGCCUAGGCUUCAACCAAAUGCAGUGUUCUAACCCCAAACCCCAAAACACUAUAGGAUGUACUGCUGUAUACAGUAUACUAGGGGCAGUGGCAUUGUAUUUUAUAUAAUGGACUGAGAUGCAUUGAAAGGGCUGUGUGUGGAGACUGGAAUGCUUCCUAAUUCUUUAAACACCUGGAUGGUAGAAGCAGAUGAAAUCCAAUCGACAUGAGGUGCAGUAUUUAUAUAAAGGAUAUCUCGGUUUCCUGCCCUGCAGUCCUGGCAGUGCACACACAGUAACAGCCUCCCUGUGCGUGUGUGAAGGAGGUGGAAAGAGAGCCGUGCAGCACGAGUGGAGCCUGCAGAGCUCGUCCAGCUGAAGCUCGGCCUCUGUGUUUCCGUUCUGCACUCUGGGAGGAAUGCAGACUCCUUUUGGGGUCACGGGAAGAGCUAUUAAUCAGAGCGACCAGAGCGCUUCCAAAUAUAAAAGCAGCUUCCAGUCCUGCACUCAGAGCAGUUUGCUGGUGAGUCUCAGGCAGGCAGCUCCUGACAGCCCCUCUGUGUGACGAUGCCAAGCUGCGGGACGGUGGCAUGGCUGCUCCUGCUCCUGAUCUGCCUCUGUACUCAGCGUGGGUCCGGGCAGCAGGCAGGGCAAGCCGAGGCGGGCACGAGGAAACCUUUCUUUGAGAGGCUGAGGAGGCUGGAGGAGCAGUUCCGCAGGUUCCAGGAGCUGACUCUGACGCGCCUUCAAGGAAUCGCAGACAACUACAACAUAUCGUACAACAUUGAGGAGCGCUUCCUGCUGCUGACAGACCAGUACACCAACAUCUCCCAGGCCAUCACCGGCUUCCAAGACACCGCCGCCAGCGACCUCAACAGCCUCAAGUUCUGGACCAAGAAGCUCCAGAAGAAAAGCAAGAAGCUGGACCUCAAGGUGAGCGCCCUGGAGAAAGCCCUGAACGAGAAGAACAAGCAGACCCUGAGAGACAACAAGGAGCGUGACGCCGUCCUCUCCAGCCUCACCCAGGAGCUCCAGGACCAGAGGGAUCAGAUCAGCUCCCUCUCCUCUGACAGGGAUCAGGCACGGGCCGGCCUCCAGGGGCUGCAGGAUGCUCUCAGAAGCCAGGAGGCCAAGGUGGAGCGGUUUGAGCAGCAGGUGAGCAGCGCCUUGCAGAACAAGGCCCUUUCCUCCAGUGAACCCUCAGCCCAGCACUCCUCCAACCAGACGCCUGAAGGAAAAGCAACUGAGACUCAGGAUACAGACGGGGAGCAGCAGAAGCAGCAGAAGCCUGGAAAGAAGCUCCAAGUCAAGCAUUUCAAGGGCAGGCAACUUCAGGAGAGACAGACCCCCAGGACUCCAGCGCUCAGACCCCAGCCCGUCAAGGAAACCCAGGUGAAACAGCCUCUGCAGCAAACCCAGGGCCUCCCCACGCCCCUCCAGAGACACAAGAUACUUCGGCAACAGCAGCAAGAGCCCCCCAAGAAGCCAGGCAUGAUAUGCAACGUGAAGUCGAUGCUGGUCUUCCCCAACGCCUCCACUGAGAACUACGUCACCUUCACGAAGGGGUUCCCCGCGGAGCUUCACGAGCUGUCUGUGUGCACCUGGCUGCGGACCGGGGCCGGCUACCUGGGCACCCUGCUGUCCUACGCCACAGAGGAGAACGACAACAAGCUGGUGCUGCACGGCCGCAACUCCAGCGCCCCGCAGAGCAGCAUGCACUUCGUCAUCGGAGACCCUGCCUUCCGCGAGCUGCCUGUCGGCCCGCUGCUGGACCGCGGGUGGCACCAUCUCUGCGUCAUCUGGUCGUCCAUCGAGGGCAAAUACUGGUACUACGUUGACCGGAGGCUGUCCGCGGCCGGGUCCAAGUUCCAGAAGGGGUACGAGGUCCCGUCGGGGGGGUCUCUGGUCCUGGGACAGGAGCAGGACUUGGUGGGAGGGGGGUUCGACAUGGCCGAGUCCUUCGUGGGCAGCCUGGCUGGGUUCACAGUGUGGAAUCGAGCCCUGACCCCCGGGGAGGUGUCUGGGAUAGCCACCGGGAAGGGCCUGCCGCGAGGGACGGUAUUCACGCUGGACGAUAUCGCCGCUGUCCACGGGGACGUGCAGCGCGUGGACUGCGGCUGCCUUGAGCACUGCGUGUGAAACGCAUGAAUAAAAACCCACUCUGAGGACACUGCAUUCAGUGUUAUUAUUAAGCUUGCCAUGUAUUCAUGUAUUCCCAGAGGGGGACUGAGAUAUACAAGUCACUAUACAAAUCACUUUGUGAUAACAAUCCAACAUGGACAAAGGACCUCCACUGUAAUACUGCUGACAGAUACAACUGCAGAAAUGUCUGUAUCAUUUGUGAUCAUUGGUUUAGCAGGGACAUGUUUUUGCCAUUUUUUUUCGUAAGAGGAAAAGUAGUGAGAAAUAUGACACUGCCGUACAUUCUCAGUAAGUGGGACCCCUUUGAGCUGUAAUGGUAACAGAAAAUAUAUUGAUCUAUUCGGACAAAGAAAAGGGCAAAGUAAUGUAUAGGAGUGUGCAGUACGAUACUCUCAUUAUACAUGAACAGCUGGAAUUACUGUAAACAAGGUCCACUGUAUAAUAAAACAUUUUAUAUUGAAUAA